AUGUCAGUCAAAUAUCCAAUAAUCCAACCAACACAAACAGCCGGAACAGGCCAAAAGAGAACCAUAGAGGAAAUCGAAGACCCUUCGGAAGAAGAAGAACAGGCAGCGAUCCUUAAGAAAGCAAUGACCGCCCAAAAGAAAGGCGAUGACGCAAGGGCUGAGAUGUUCUUUGACAUACUCGCCGAUUUGAAAGCGAAGGCCAAAUCCAAGCCGAAGACCACGACGACCUACUCCGAAGCACUGAUCCCCCAAAAGUCCUUCGCGAUGGUGGGCAUCUCUUCAACCGAACCGCAAAUCAAGGAAGGAGGACUCUCUUUCUACGUUAAAGGGGUAAAUACCUUCCAAGACAUGGGCCUCCCCACGUUUUUCGACAAAAACAUGAAAGAGUUGAAAGGUCUGAUACCACUGACCAUAUUCAACAAGAAGUGGCAGGACGCGGCAGUCCUUUUCCACGCGGAUAAAAGAUCGAAAUCCGACGAGUCCUCUGAAACCAAAGACAGAUACUCUGGCCUCAAGUUCCAGAACGAGUGGGAGCAGUCGUUCAGCGACUGGACGAUUAAUCACCGCGCCUUUCACUUAGCCCUCCGUGACAUAUACCAAUUCCCCACCUUUGCCGGAUGGCUGCUCGAACACAAGGCAAAUUGUGAUAGAAUGCAAGCGAAAGAAGGCUUCAUGACGGCGUUGCGCUACGACAUCCAGUUGAGAACCAACGUGUUCGCCCACAGGGUCGUGAUAAACGGUGAUCCAUCAGUGCCCGACAUAUCAGUCUUGCGCAUUGACAUCGCAGAGUCUUGCUACGCCGAAGCACAAAACUUUGACAAACUCGGCUUCAGAGAUACCAACCCUUACGCGGCAGGGGGACCCAGAGCCCACAUCGACCCCCUCACCGGCCUGCCCAAACAAGGCAAGCAACCGUUCGCCAAGAACUACCAAACCCAAAGCACUCCGUACCAGGGCCAACACGCCCAGUACAACCACCAUCACCAACAACAGCAACACUUCCAACCCCAACAACCCCCGUACAUACAACCCCACUACCAACAAACCCCCUUCCAUCACCCGUCCGCUAAUCAAGGGGGUCCCAAUGCUAGGAACUCCGAACAAAGAGCACCGAGAAACAGCGGCUAUAAGGGGAAGAAUUUCAUUCCCAACUACCAAGACCAACGCCGAGGGGCCGCCCCACCAACGGGUCAACAAAACGACCAAAUGGUGUUAAGCAGCCAAUCUACUUUGAAUCAUAACUAUCUUGAACUCCAAGAGGAGUCCACGAGGACCACUGAGACUGACCGGAGUGAGAUUCCGUCAAUCCGACAAGAAGAGAUCCGGUCAGAGAACAAAGAGUGUUGGCCAUCAAAGGUGACGUGUGAGAUGAACAUCCCAGAAUGGGAAGCAGCCCUAAAGAACGCCGGACUUCUUCCACAAUUCGACAACGUCGUAAAAGGUUUCAAAGAUGGAUUUGACCAAGGGAUACCGCAACAUACGAUAGGUGAUCUGCCAUACUACACACCACCAAACCACGCGUCCGCCCUGCAAGCUAAAGAGAAGAUUGAGAAGUCCCUGCGAACAGAAAUCGAGGCAGGCCGUAUGUACGGCCCUUUCAAGAAGGACCAAGUCACUCAGAGGUUUCCGUUUUUCCGGACGAACCCACUAGGCGCGGUGAUAAACGGAGACGGGUCGCUGAGACCCAUCAACAACCUCUCACACCCACAUGGUAAAGACGGAAUCCCGUCGGUCAACUCCUUUGUCGAAGCUGAUGAUUUCAAAACGACUUGGGAUGACUUCAACCUGGUGGCAACUUUCUUCCGGAAACUUAAGGGCACCGCGCUACUGGCAAUCUUCGACUGGGAGAAAGCUUAUAGGCAAAUCCCAACAGCAAAAGACUAG